AUGUCCCUCCGACCGACGCCAAAUUUCACCCGCUGGCUCACCCAGCCAACACGCGCAACCACCAUCCUGCGCGCAACGCAAAUACAAAGGCCCGCCCUCCGCCCAUUCUCCCUAACCAGCGCGCGCAGCAACACACGAACCCUACCAACGAAAUAUACCCAACCAUUCCAACGACCCAACCCCCGCUCCAACCAGCACCAGCACCAAUACCAAAAGCGCUUUAAUUCAACCAACAACAGCAACCCCAAUGCGCAAAGACCAGGCCAAGGCCAAGGUCAAGGCCACCAGCAACAACAGGGCAGCAAAGAACCAAGCGGUCUAUCCGCACGCCUGAGAAAGCUCACCCGCGAAUACGGCUGGGCCGCGCUGGGCGUGUAUCUUACACUCAGCGCGCUAGAUUUCCCAUUUUGUUUUGCGGCCGUGCGGUUGCUGGGCGUUGAGCGGAUUGGACAUUUCGAGCACGUUAUUUUGGGCUAUUUGAAGGGGGUUUUCGGUCCGAUUUGGCCUGGUUCUUCUUCAUCCCCAGCCGAGGAAGGCAGUGAGGAGAAGGAGAAGGGGGAGAAAGAAGUCGAGGGAGAUGCCACUCUCGGUGCGGAUGGGACUGCUAUUGUUAGCAAGGCUGAGGAAGCGAGUAUCUGGACCCAACUUGUCUUCGCCUACGCCAUUCACAAGAGUCUUCUCAUCUUCGUGCGUGUUCCGUUGACGGCGGCUGUGACGCCGAAGGUUGUUAAGGUUUUGCGUCGAUGGGGUUGGGACAUUGGGAAGCGGGCGCCGAAGAGCACCUAG